AUGGAUGAUCAAACGGAAUUAAAAACUGGAGUUGAUGCCGUGCAAUGCUCCAGCAAAAAACUUGAUAAAGCGCUAUUAGCUUUAAAGGUUCGUCGUACGGUGACCGAACACCAAAUUGACCGUGUCAAUGAUUUUGUAAAACGUAUACAAGAAGAUUCAAGUAGCGUUUCUUUAGAUGAAUUAAAUAUAAGGCUCAAAGAUUUAGACAGUGCUUUUGAUGCUUUCGACAAAGUUCAGAGAAAAAUUGAAGAGAAGGAUUUUGAUGAAAUCUCUCAACCAAAUAGAUCAAAAUGUGAGGAAUUAUAUUACUGUACAGCAAUAACGUUAAAAGUGUAUAUAUCAAGACUCAACAAUUCAGAUUCGAACCAAACAAUUCAUGUUUCCCAUGCGAUAUUAUCUGAUGAAAAAUACGACACUGUAAAACUGCCAAAAAUCGAAUUACGCGAAUUUUCUGGUGAUGUUACUACAUGGAUAGCUUUGUUCGAUGAAUUUACAUCAUUGGUGCACAACAAUGAAAGGCUUAACACCUUUACUAAAUUGCAUCAUUUGGUAUCUAAAUUGAGUCCGGCCGCAAAGGCUCCUAUAGCUGGCAUAAAAAUCAUUGCUGAAAAUUAUGAAAUAAUAUUGCAAAGGUUGAAAGACCGCUUUGAAAACAAGAAAAUUAUUGCGAAGCAGCAUAUCAAACAAAUUUUUGAGCAUCCUAAGAUCAUUCAUGCGAAUGCAGCUGAUUUACGAGAAUUAAUCGAUACCAUGAAUAAUCACCUUAUAGGUUUGAAAAAUAUUAAUCGUCCAGUUGAAUCAUGGGACGAUCUUAUGGUAUACAUCAUAACAUCUAAGCUUGAUCCCGAUACAUCGAGUAAGUGGAAUGAAAAGGCGCCUAUUGAUCGUGUACCGAUACUCUCUGAAUUACUAAAUUUUUUAAAAGGACGUUGUCAACUUCUUGACAGUAAUUUAAGUUCUGUUUCUUUACCCGUUGGUGCUCUCACUAGUCGUGCUAUAGAGCCAAAAAGGGUUCAAAGAACAGCAAAGUCUUUUGUUAUCAUUAAAAAUUGCUGCAGCUUUUGCCAAAAACCGGGUCAUAGUAUAUAUCGCUGUUCUGAUUUUUUAAGCUUAUCUGUUGCUGACAGAUUGAACAAAGUACAUGCACUUAAACUUUGUGUCAAUUGUCUUAAAUUCAAAAAAUAUCAUUUAUCUGAUUGCACCUCUAAAGGUCGUUGUCACAAAUGUGGCAAAGGCCAUUAUUCACUAUUACAUUUUGAACGCCCGCAAGUGGCAAAUUACACUGCUUCAAAACAUAAUCAAAUCAAUGAAACAAAUCAUAUCGAACCUGCAGAAAAUGCAAAUCAUAACAUGAGUGAUCAAGCACAACCUAAAAAUUUUGCUGCUUUGAAAACACAACACACAGAACGAAGUAUACUGGCUACAGUAGUUGUUUAUAUUAUAUCGAAAUACAACCAACGCUUUCCUUGUCGUGUUCUAUUGGAUGGUGGUUCACAAAUUAAUAUGAUUUCUGAACGCAUGGUUCAUAUGACCAGCGUCAAUACGCUCCAAUUCAAUUUCAAUGUGAAAAUAAAACUGUGGGAACAUCAAACUUGA